UCACCUUGAAAGAAACCUAGAAGCUCAACUCAGCAACACCAUGGUCAGCUCCUGUUGUGGCUCCACCUGCUCUGGCCUGAGCUGUGGCUCUGGCUGCUGUGCUCCCUGCUGCUGCCGCCCUGCCUGCUGCCUUAGGCCAGCCUGCUGCCAGAGCACCUGUUGCAGGACCAACUGUUAUAGGCCCACCUGCAUUGUGUCCACCUGCUGCCGCCCCAGCUGCUGUGGGUCCAGCUGCUGCCAGCCUUGCUGCCGCCCCAGCUGCUGUGUGUCCAGCUGCUGCCAGCCCUGCUGCCGCCCCAGUUGCUGUAUUUCUAGCUGCUGCAGGCCAAGUUGUUGUGUAUCUAGCUGCUGCCAGCCUUGCUGCCGCCCUAGUUGCUGUAUUUCUAGCUGCUGCCAGCCUUGCUGCCACCCAAGCUGUUGUAUGUCCAGCUGCUGUCAACCUUGCUGCCGCCCCACCUGCUGCCAGACCACCUGCUGCAGAACCACCUGCUGUCGUCCAGCCUGCUGUGGCUCCUCUUGCUGCUGAGUGAGUGUCCAGAUGUACCCACAUAUGCUCACCAUCAACAGACUCCCCUAGAAAAUAAAAAAAAAUUCCUUUUAUUAAUCAUUAUGAACAAACUUCAUUGAUAAGCGGAGUACCAUCAUCCCAAUUUGUAAACUUCAAAUCUAGUUGCUUUUCCAUCUUAUAGUGUUCAUCAAAAUUAUCUCCUCUGUCCCUUUUCUCCUUGUAGGAAACAAUUUUGAAUUUAUUCAGAAUUCUUCUGCCCCAAAACAAAUAAAAUGAAACCAUUUUCAUGAUUUUGCUCUAGGAAUUUAUCAAAUACCAUGACCCUCUAAUUGAAAAGAAAGUUUCUUUUUGUGUUUACUUAAAAACCAUUACUAUCUCAUCCUAAGAACUAGAAGGUGAGAUUACAAUGAUGCAAUUCUCUUUUUUUGUAUUUCCUCUUACAGUGACUGCCUUGGCCUAUUAUAUGUCUCUUUCCAAAUAAAAAUUAGCAU